UGUGUGCUGGGGCAGAAUCUGAGUGUGUGGACCGACGGUAAACUGGGAGUAAUGGGAGCGAACUGGAGAGCAACAAUAACUGUCGUCCUCACUUUACUCCAAAUCAAAGCUUUGAUCAGCGUCAAAACAACAGUUGGCGGCGUGGAAGGUCAGAGCUUUUCCUUCAGAUGUGAUUAUCAAGACAUCCACCGGGACAAUGCCAAGUACUUCUGCAUUGUUUACGACACAAACUGUGCCGAUUCCCUGAUACGGACAGACAAACACGACCAGUGGGUGGAAAAAGGAAGAUUCUCGCUGUUUGACAACACCACAGGAGGCUUUUUCAGUGUCAGGAUGGACAGACUAAGAUUAGAGGACAGCGGGUUGUACUGGUGCGGGGUGGACAUCAACCCUGAUCACAAUAGCGUCAUACAACUGAACGUUUCCCGAGCGACUGUGGUGAUGACUGGGACUCUAUCACCAGGGAUUCACCUCGCAAAGGAGUUCACAGUGGACAAGAUCCACCUCCCACUGUACCUGACUGCUGUGAUGUGUGUGGCAGCAAUCCUUUGUGUGUGUAUGUUCACACUUUGUCUUCUGCUGGCUGUUAAACAGCGAAGAACCAGACCACAGCACAACAGAGAGACAACAUCUGACUACGAGACAAUGAUGCCCGGUAACCCGACUGAACCUCAACUCUCCUGCAGCUGUUCAGAUCCCGACUGCCCUGGUCUUCCACCUUUACCGCCGCCUCCUCCUGACCUCUGCUCCCACUUCACGUCAAAGCAUUCUGCAGUUACUCCCGGCCUUUGUGAUUAUGAGGACGUGGACAUCUCAGGGCGCAUCUGCCGAUACCAACAUCUGGACCUCACACAGUUAGAGGAGCACGUCUACCACUGUCUUAAUGGCAACGGGGAUGGGCCAGGGGGAGUCAAAGAGGAGAUUUAUUAAUACUGUCACAGAGAAGUUGCACCUUUGUGAUGAUGGUGACAGGAUGUUUUAACCUCCUCUUCCUUGACCCACAUAUUUUCAGAAACAUGAGAAUAUGGUGACUGCACCUUUAGUAUUAAUGUUGAUUUGAUGUAGAUUAUCCCAGAUGUCACCAGCUUUCUUUGUAGUGUGGGUUGUUUUGGAGGAAUACAUCUCUGUGGUACCUGUACAUUAUCGAGCUUGUUACAUGACUUCUUUAAAAAACAAUGAUUAGAUGAUGAUUACAUUUCUGUCACAACUCCAUUAGACUUACAUACGCAGAGCUGGUGAGAGCAUCUCCAAGCUGCUGUUUGCUGUAGAAUAACUUAAACCAGGGCGCCAGUUCAGUUCAGAAGUUGAAUUGUGUACCUGUUGUACAGUGGCUAUCGUCCUCAGAGAAGGGGGCCUGGAUUUGACUCCGACCCGCAGCUCUUUGCUGCUCUCUCUAUUCCAGUUUCCUACUCUACCCCCUGUCUUCUCUCAAUAAAAUUAUGUAUUUAUUUAGAUAAAAGCAACAGAUUUAAAAGUCGUGACAUUACCUUAUUUAUGUUUAAAGCUGUCUCAAACUGCAAAGCUCUCAGAGGAAGGAGAGCUGAGUGAGGACAGCAAUGUCAACAUGAAUGUUCCUGCAGGC